AUGGCCAGCAGCACACAGCCCCCCUACCUGAACCCAGUCGCCCCCUUCUCUGCGACAAUCCAAGGGGGUCUCCAGGAGGGACUUCAGAUCACUGUCCGUGGAACUGUUUUAGCCUCCAGUGGAACCAGGUUUGCUGUGAACUUUCAGACUGGCCGCAGUGACGAUGACAUUGCCUUCCACUUCAACCCUCAAUUUGAAGAAGGCGGCUAUUUGGUCUGCAACACGAAGGAGAAAGGACGCUGGGGGCAGGAGGAGAAGACGCACCUGCCCUUUCAGAGGAGGAGCCCUUUUGAGCUCAGCUUCCUGGUGCUGAGCUCAUGUUUCCAGGUGAUGUUGAACGGGAGCCCCUUUGUGCGGUACCCACACCGUGUGCCCUUCCACCGCGUGGACACCCUCUCUGUCACCGGCACUGUGCAGCUGUCCUCCAUCAGCUUCCAGACUCCAGGGAUCAGGCCGGCCAAUCCUGCUCCCAUUUCCAGGUGUGUGUGUCACUCCCACACUGAAGUUCCUGGUCUCUUUUCAACAGAAUCCCACACCCCUCCUAUGGGCCAUCCCAACCCAGCCUACACAACUCUGAUGCCUUUCUUCACCAGCAUCCCGGGUGGCCUGUACCCCUCCAAGAGCAUUGUCGUGUCAGGCACCGUCCUGCACAGCGCUCAGUCGUUCCACAUCAACCUGCGCUCUGGGAGUGACGUCGCCUUCCACCUGAAACCCCUUUUCAAAGAGAAAACCGUGGUCCUCAACACACAGAUCGAUGGCUCUUGGGGACAUGUGGAGAAAACUCUAUCUGGAAAAAUGCCCUUCAUCCGAGGCCGGAGCUUCUCGGUGUGGAUCACAUGUGAAGCCCGUUGCCUCAGGGUAGACGUGGAUGGUAAGCACCUGUGUGAUUACAACCACCGCCUGAGGAACCUGCACGCCAUCAACGUCCUCGAAGUGGCUGGUGACAUCAAGCUGACUCGUUUGCAGACAUAG